AUGGCUCAUAAUCAUGAUCAUCGUCGUAAUCGUAAUCAUCAUCAUCAUCAGAUCCCGCUGUCAAGCGGUGGUUGUUCCCCAAAAGCUUCGAUUACAACUGAACCGCCUUCCUCCCUCGAAGAAGGAUUGAAGCCGCCGACGAGCAUUAAUGUUCAUUCUCUCUCACAAGUUCCUUCAUCGUCGGCAGGAGACGGUGUUAGCUCCUCUUCAACAAUCCACGCUCAUAAGAUAAUAGCGGAGCUGGUGGGGAGCUACGUGGUCGUCUUCGUAGGGUGCGGUUUCAUUAUGGAGAGCAAGUCGUCGGAGAUGGGUGUGGUGAGCGUGGGAGCGGCGUGGGGGCUUGCCUUUAUGGUCAUGAUUUACGCUCUCGGCCACGUCUCCGGUGGCCAUUUCAACCCGGCCGUCACCGUUGCUCUGGCGGCUUCCUGCAGCUUCCCCUGGAAACAGGUGGCGGGGUACGUGGCAGCACAGGUGGCAGGGUCGUCGCUGGCGGUGUUGAGCCUGUCGUUUCUGUUCGAUCACCGGAGUGAAGUGGACGUGAAGGUGACGGUGACGAGGCUGCAAGGAUCGGUGUCGUGUUCGCAAGGCUUGGCGUGGGAGUUCGUCACGUCUUUCUUUCUCAUGCUCACCAUCUGUGGCGUCGCCGUUGACCCCAGAGCUAUACAGGAGCUAUCAGGGAUCACCAUCGGAGCUGCAGUGAUGUUUAAUGUUAUGAUUGCCGGGAAUAUGACGGGAGCAUCAAUGAACCCAGCAAGAAGCAUUGGGCCUGCUCUUGUCAACAGAGAAUUCCACAAUCUCUGGAUCUAUGUUGUUGGCCCAAUCGUUGGCAUGCUGGCCGCCACCGCCAUCUACACUGUCCUGCUCACUCACAACCACAACCACAAUCACAACAACAACAACAACCACUCGGAGAUCAAUUCGACGUCGGCCGGUAAGGAGACCUCCAAAUAA